AUGUCUCUCGGGAAAGUUGAAGCUUUCCGAGAUAAUUACCCAAAACUAUUCGAAAUUCCUUUCAACUCGACCAACAAAUACCAACUGUCGAUCCAUAAACAUGAUAUGACGCGAUGUCUGGUCGUUAUGAAGGGGGCUCCAGAGCGAGUUAUCAACUUGUGCUCAAAGAUACGCAUAGGGGACAAAGUUCACAAGAUGGAGGACUGGAAAGAAGUAUGCAUUCAAACCGUGGACAACUUGGGAUCUUUGGGGGAACGAGUUAUUGGGUUCUGUGAAGGAGAGCUACCAGAGAGUGAAUAUCCCGUUGGAUACAAGUUUUCAGCAGAGGAUCUCACUUUCCUUGAAGGGAAUUUAGUCCUCGUAGGCCUGGGGUCGAUGAUAGAUCCACCGCGUCCAGGCGUCCCAAAUGCGGUAGAAUUGUGCAGGAAAGCUGGCAUUAAAGUGGUAAUGGUGACAGGAGAUCUCCCAAGUACUGCAAGAGCUAUUGCUAGAAAAGUUGGAAUAAUUACUCCUGAGAAUUUGACGAGAGAGGAAAUUGCAAAAUCGCGAAAUAUUAACAAAGACGAUAUUGAUCCUGCCACUUGCAAUGCGGCUGUUAUUUCGGGAACUGAAUUACAAGAAUUGACCACACAGGAAUUGGACUGGGUUCUUGCGUAA